AUGCGCAUCUCAAGGAUUUCUUCGUCGCUGCUCGGUGCGCUGUUACUCGCGUUGGUGAUCGCCGAAAUUAACGGUCAAGUGCGUGAUUUUGAAGGAAACGAAAUUGAUCGGCACGGUCCGAUUGGUCCGAAUGGUCCAAAUGGACGGCCUGAAACUGCGGUCGGUCGUGGAUUCGCCGAAACGGCUCAGCAGCUUAUAGCGAGCCCUGCCGGGCAGCUGGCGGUUUCCUUCGCGAAGGAAAUGAUCAGCCGGUCCGCUGGGAAUAGUCAGGUGCUGAGCUUAAAUCUGACCAAUUUGCUGGUGCUGUUCCUACUGAAGGCACUCAUUUUUGCUGCCGGCCUGAUUGGUGCCGGAAAUUGGGGACACUACGCCCGAGGCCGAAGUGAAGAUGGAUUAUUUUUCCAACCCGGCGAAGCCGGUCUGAUGAUUGGCUACCUGGCAGCGGAAGGUUCCGGCCAAGAGGGUUGCAUGCUACAGUCGGCCUGUCGGGCGCCGCGCACCGCAAACGAAUAUUCCCGUGCUGCCCACGCACUGGUACAGGGAGCGGAGAUUUUCGAUCCGGAAAUUCCGAAAAAUGAAAAAUACAACCGACUGCUGCUGCAGAUGGACCGGGCCAUCAUGGAGGGACUGCAAGGAGCCCCGUGCGACAUGAUUUACCCCUGUCACAUUUAG